CUGGCCAGACGAAACAAGAAAAAAAGCAACAAAUUCGAUACAGAACAGGAUGGGACGCAAGAGGGAUUUGUCGAUUUUCGAUGCCAUCGAGGAGCUGGACACCCAGGACCGCAAGGCGGAUCGGAAGCGACGAAAAGAGACAAACAAGGAACGGAAGCGGGCCGAAGAAGUCCAGAGCCAGUCGAAAAUAUACAACCACUUGCUGGAAUCCCGCAUCCUUCUCCAGCGGGCCAUCAACAAAGCGAACGACGGCACGGCGUCGUCGUCAUCGUCCGGCUCGUCGUUCCGCAAAUCCUGCAACGCGCUCCUAGAGCAGCUCUUGCUCGCGCGAAACCGGCUGUCGGGGUCGGCCACGGAUGCCGACAACUGCAAAGCCCUUCUGGGACCGUCGGCAUCGGCCAGGGCCGAUCUCCACGAUGCUCUCCAGGAGGACUACGAGAAACACAGAGAGGAAUGGAAACAGAUCCUGAAUCGAAAGCACAAGAACCUGAGGCUUCACUCGGGAAUGACGGCCAAGUCUCAGUUCCGAAUAAUGGAUUCCUCCUUCUGGCAGCAGGUGGAAGCCACCAUGGAGUACGAGGAAAUCCGCAGGGGGGAGGAGAAUACUUCCUCCGCGCAAGCGGGAGCGGUGGUGCUCUUCGACGAUUCGAAGGUGUACCAGCAGCUCCUCAAGGACUUUGUCGCCAAUUCCACCAGCAACAACGGCACCAGAGCGGGGGAGAAUUCCGCGGAGGCUUUGCGAUCCGCAAAGUACAGCAACCGGAACAGCAAGAAGAAGGACGUAGACCGAAAAGCCAGCAAGGGAAGGAAGAUCCGAUACAAAGAGAUCCCAAAACUGGUCAAUUUUACCUUUCCGCUGUCUCGUCCGAAUUCUUCCAACCUGGACACGGAAGAAUACUUUCAGAGUUUGUUUGGGGGUGCGGGAAAUUCGGGCAGAUAGUUACGAAUAGCAGUAUCGUCGGCUAAAGAAUAUUCGAACUACAGCACUCUGUUCCAUCGCAGAUGCUUCGUCUCACGGGCAACAGAGAGAAGUACCUGCCGUACAUCAAGUCCAGGACUUCCAUUUUUCUUACGCGCAUUUUUCAUCCGAGGCCUAGUGUUCUCAAACACGAACACAGAACCGAAUUAUAGAGGUCAAAAUCUUAGGACAGGGCAAAGAACAAGAAGGUCAAAUCAACAGUGCUAACCAUAGACCUGCAAAAAUCAUCGAAUGAUAAGUGGUACUGUAUUACUAUUAUUCAGAAAUAAAUACUAAUAAUAGGAAGCUGUGUUGAGAUUUUUAUGUUGUGAAUGUGAGCCUAAAUCACGAGUAGAUAGUGAAUAAGCUCACUCUUUAUUGUAAACACGUAAUUAUACGGCACUAAAGAGUACACGUACAUUUUGCAGGUUAUGAGCAACAACAGCAACAGAACUGCCUCAUAUGCUCAUCAGACAACAUUCCACAAAGAAAGCACUUACAUCUUCGGAGGAGUCACUACCUCCGCAUUCGGUCGCAGUGAAGCGUGUUCAAAAUACAUGAGAGUUGAAGUUUUCGGGAAAAUAGUAACGAGCGCGUGCAAUUGUCGUGUCGUAAAUCGGAAAAAAGAGCUAAUUUUGUACCCUUCUGAAUUUGAGGCCACAAUUUUCUUCUUACCGUACGAUGCAAGUUGUUGUUCAGUUCAAAAAUACCGAUCAGAAGAAGACGAAGCUGAGGUAUCAUCAAGUACAAGCAGUAUUGGUUUUGCUUUUUCUGUAUCCGUUCGCAGCUACCAGGGGGCUCUUUCCUUUGAGACACCUAGCCAAACCACACCUGCACGAAGAAUGUCCUCGUUUGCUAUCGGAAGGCGACGUUGCAUACAACUGACGACGCGGACGACCUCGAGGCAUUUUUGCAGGCCACGAAACGAAUCGUUGACAUUUCCAAACUCCCAUGUAAGAGGCACUGCUACGACGCCCUCUGCGGGACGACGGCCGCCGAGCUCUCGGGCACUUUUUUCGGCCGCGCAGCGAACGCCGGGGGCAUGUUAUUCCUCGAAUGCCUCCUUCUCGUCUGCGGCGACUCCCCGGACGAUAGCAAGCGAACACGAGCACCUUGCCGGCGGUUUCGAAUCAACAAGAACAGCAACAGCAGCAACAACAGCGGGAGACGUCGACGACGACCAGGACCUUCGGCAAAACAUUGCGGCCGGGCUUCCCUCGGUGAUCAAAAACCUCGAUCGGGCAUGCAGAUUCAAUCAAGGAAAGGGAGGGGGUCCCAACGGGCCAAACAAUGCGUCAAAGAAAAAAUGGAACUCGGAAUUCGUGAGGGAAACGGUCGAUCAAUACGAACAAUAUCUCAAAUAUUUUUACAACGAAGACCUUGAUGGUUCUAGUGGUUCUUCCCCCGUCUCGAAGGAGAUGAAGGAGCUCUUCUUUGCUCCCGAAACGACGCAGCAGGCCUUUGUCGCCGUGCUGCGGUGCAGGCUCCCGACCCACGUCUUGUCUCGCAAGAUCAGAGAAUGGGAACGGUACAUCGGGAGCAUGGGCGCGACAAAAAUGACGGACGACCUGUCCCUGAGCAUGCUGGAGGCCAACGGGAAGGCGGGAAACAUCGGGAGGGCGAUACAGCUGCUCUCGCUCCGAAAGGCCCGGGACUAUCCACCGAGGGAGCAGGAAUUCGUGCACACGAUCACGGCCAUCGACGCCGCCGGCCUGUACCUGAGGAAAAACCGAAACAUCUUUCUGCCCGAGCAGAAGCAGCCGAAAAUCGACGACCCCACGAGGUGGCUGGACGCGAUCCUGAUCAACAUGAACCAGCGGGACGUGGCCCUGACCACGAAAAUGGCGAACCGCAUGCUCAACGCGUUUGCGAGGACCGGGAGGACCGGGAAGACGACACACUUCUUCUACCGGGUCGUGAGAAAGCCAAUCGACGGCGAAAGCAACACCGAUGGCGAGAGCGAGAGCGCCGACAACCCCACCGCGAACCACGUCGACGGGAUGGCCACGUUCCGGGACCGCCCGGUGGAGGUCCGGCUCAAGAUGCGACCCCCGCCGCCGUACCACAAAAUCCCCUCCCAGGUCCGCGGGAAGCUGGUGAAAAAACCGGGGUCGAACCUCCGGCAGCUGAAACUAGAGCGGGAGUCCGACCCGGACUGGAGCCCGGUCCUGACGUCGGCGAUAUCCUUUGCGGACUCGCUGAAACAGGGAGCCUGCGGCCACGAUCCGGUGGAGCUGGACCUGGUCAGCUAUUCCAUACUGAUGAGGGUCUGCGUCAACCGGGGAAGCCUGUGGAGGGCCAUGCACAUCCUCGACGAGGUGAUGCCGGCGAACAAGAUCAAGCCCGACAUUGUGGCCUACAACACGCUGCUGAUCGGCCUGUCCAGGGUGGGGGACGUCCCGACCAUGAAGGAAUACUCCCGCAAGCUGCUGUCGGAGGGCCUGAGUCCGACCAAGGAAACCAUCGGGGCCAGCAUCGACGGCCUGCUGAACCUGGGCGACGUGGGAGCCGCGAUUUCCCUCUGCCAGGACUGCUUCAACCAGUACUCGGUGCUGCCGCCCUACACGACGCACCUGAAGAUCCUGGAGAUGACCCUCGGCCGGGGGCUGGUCUACGAGGCGAAGCGGCACGUUUCAUUCCUGCAGCAGCUGUGGAAGUGGGAGCCGAACAAGUACCACUCGAAGGAAGUCUCGAGGGUCCUGUACGCGACCCAAAACAACCCGAGCCUCUCCAGGGAGGCCCUCCAGAAGAUGUUUGCCUACUUUGGUUACACGCUGGACGAAUCGGAUUUCUUUUGAGAACAGAGAAAGAACGAGGCAGACAGAGCUAGGCGUUGCGAUCGCUGCGGACUCGUACCAUACGGCAGUGUCCGAAACCGAGGAUUGCGACAGGAACGGGGCAGCCAAGUAUAUGCGGACACA